CUGCAUUAGCCAAGUGUCGCAAGAUUGUGGGACAUUUUAAACACAGCCCGGCAAACUUAACGGAGCUGAAUGCAGAGCAGGUGAAACUCGGACAGCAGCAGGAGCCACUGAUCCAAGACGUUCCAACGCGGUGGAAUUCCACACUUGAAAUGGUCAAACGCAUCAUCCCCAAUCAAGCAGCAAUAAAAGCAACCCUGGAUCAACAGCAGCAUAAUCUCGUCAUGCUGACGCCAGCAGAAUGGGAUAAACUCCAGAGACUGGAGACCCUUCUAGAGCCCUGCCGGUAUGUGACUCAGAUCCUGGGUGGGGAGGCCUACGUCUCCUGCUCAGUGGUACUACCUGCCCUCUGCCACUUACACCGUGUAAUGGAAACUUCUGAUGAGGACCCUGCAUACAUGAUUAGAUUUAAGACCAAAUUCAAAGACGACCUAGGCUCCCGCCAAGAACACACCAACAAUGCAUGGCUCAAGAUUGCAACCGCACUGGACCCACGUUUUAAGGACUUGAAAAGUGUGCCCAAGGCAGACAGAGAGGAGGUGUGGACCAAACUUGGAGGCCUUCUGCGUGAAUCACCUGGAAGACCUUCACACACUACUGAAGAUGGGCCACCCAAGAAGAAAAUGAACCUUCUUCUACAGCUGGGCUCAGAUUCAGAAUCAGAUGAAGAGGUACAGCCUGACAGAGCCUUACACAGGUACAGAGCAGAGCCCACCAUUGAAAUGACGGACUGUCCCUUGCAGUGGUGGUCAUCUCAUGCAGGAGCCCAUGACAAGCUGGCUCCGUUGGCUCGGAAAUAUCUAGCCACUCCUGCAUCCUCAGUUCCCUGUGAAAGACUCUUCUCACUUGCCGGUCACAUUGUGCAAAAGAAGCGGUCAGCUUUACUCUCAGAAAAUGUGGACAAAUUGGUUUGCCUCAGUAACUGGCUAAAGGAUGAAUAGAGAAGCGGGCCACAUGUAAUUGUGUAGGCCAUGUUCUUUUG